AUGACAAAACCAUCGAAGCUCAUUGUCAAUGGCGACGAUGAAAACCCUCUCCCUCUUCUCAUCUCCCUUCUCUACUCUGUGUCCACCUUCUCUCCGACUGGCAACCACCUCGUUGAUUGCGGCUCGCGCGCCGCCGUGACGCGGGACUUCGAUCAUCAGGACUUCACUGGCGACGACUCCCAAUUUCUUACCUCAACGGUGGAUGAUAACGAUCGGGAGAUCGGAUCUAGCUUAGGAACCUUCUUCUCGCUCUACGCCACCGCUGGAGCCUCGAUCGGCCCGCGCACUACGUUUUCCCGAUCAGAGACUUGUCGGAACACUCACCACCUGAUACGCCUCCACUUUCACCCACUUGAAAACGAUUCACACAAUUUUUAUAAGGUUGAAUUUUAUGUCCCUGUCGUCAGAUUCUUGCCUUUUGCUAUCAUCUCCCCCAAAACGUUGAUUUCCCUAUUAUUAGGGUUUUGA